AUGACACUCGAAAGCGAUGCCGUAGCAGGAGCUACAAUAGAACUCCUAGAGGCACGGCUGCGCCGCCUCACCUACCUCCUCACCGGCGUCACGGACUGGACAGGCGUCCCAACCGCGCCCGAGAAGCCAGCCUCUCUCGACGAGACAGUCUCCCGCAAGCUCGCACAUCUAGAAGGGGAACUUGCCAAGCUGAGCCGAAAAGUUCCUGCUGUACGAGAUGUUCUUCAAUUACACGACCAAACCCCCGACCUCUUCCAAACAACCCCUCCAGCUGAAAUCCCGCAAGGCAUCACGACCCAAACCCUCUCCUCGAUCGUUCUCUCCUACGCAACCGCUUUCCCAGAAACUGCCUCCCGCCUCACAUCCCUCAAUGACCUGCCUAUUCCGGAUGCGGAGAGCUCUGCGGCUCUUAUUGAGCUCCAGCCGCAGCUGGACCGGCUUGCGCGUACACAGGCUGAGCAGGCUGCUACCAUCUCGGAGUUGAGGGUCAGGAGUGCGCGUGUGCUGCAGCGCUGGUAUGAGGUUGGUGUUGUUGGGAACGGAGAGUGCUGGGCUGAGUGGGAAGGAAGACUCGAGGAUGUUGAGAGGGAAGUUAGGCGUGGGGAGGUUUUUAGGGAAAGAAGAGAGGGGGAGAUCUAA